AUGGUGUCAGCCCUCAUCCACGUACUUUCCGGCUUCGACUCGCCUCAACAGGUCCCCGUCGCGGCGACGUUCGCUUGCGCGCCGCCCGACUCCGGCGGCUGCCAGUUCUGCUACAUCGAUGGCUGCCUCGGGUGCGACUUCUUCGCCACCGGCGCUGCCGCCGCCGCCACCGCAGCCGGGGAGCCCACGGGCGCCGGGGCCGCGGCGGCGGUGGCGGAGCCCCGCGGCGGUGCAGGGUGCACCAACAAUCGGCGGAGGGGGAGGCGCCGGAAUAAAAAGCACUUCCGGGGGGUGCGGCAGCGGCCCUGGGGGAAGUGGGCUGCGGAGAUAAGAGACCCCCGGAGGGCGGUGCGGGUGUGGCUCGGCACCUUCGACACGGCGGAGGCCGCCGCUCGCGCCUACGACGUCGCCGCCAUCACCUUCCGCGGCGCCCGCGCGAAGCUCAACUUCCCCUUCACGGCGGAUCCCCCGGCGGCCCCGCCUACCUCCUCCCCCUCCGCCACCAGCUCUCUCGACCACCAGCUCCUGAAGCAACAGCAGCAACACCAACAGCAGCAGCAGCAGCAGCAUUGGACCUACCCCGCCGUCGGCGAGGACAUUCCCGAGCUAUCGGAGGGACUGCAGGAUCUCUUGGACUUCUUCUGA